CGGCACGGCUUUGCAGUUGGAUGGUUUCGCGGCAUGCUUCAGCUGAGGUCAGUGAUUGGUAUCUUCUCAUUUUAGUGCUCCCCAAUGCUCCCGUUUCUGCAGAAAUGACGCAGUCAACGAGGGAUAGAGACUGAGAAACGGCUCAAAGAGCUCCGGGGGGCUUGCAAAUUGUGCGGCUCUGGUUAGGUUACAAAAGGUCCAGCAUGCCGAUAGCUCUACAGUAGGCCGGUCUGUUUGCACUUCUGAUUUUUGGGAGUCAACCAUCGCUAUGAAGCUCCAGUUUCUAUCACUCCUGCCAUUGGCGUCUAUUGCCAGCGCCAGCUGGUCGAAGAACUUGAACUACCGUUCUCCGUCAGAGCAUCACCCCGGGUUGGGAGUCUCAAUUCACAGAGUUGUGAAAAGAAAUGACCCUCAAUCUAGCUACAAGACAUCAACCCUGAACUUCACACACGGUGUUGCUUCUGGCGACCCAUAUCCCAACAGCGUUAUUCUCUGGACCCGUGUUGCCCCGCAAAGCGACAACUCACAAUCGAACUUGACAGUUACUGGCUACGCUCCUCUGUUCGACCAUGACAAUGAAAAAUACGUCCAUGUCUCAAAGUCGCCUGUCUGCGUCGAGUACAAGGUUGCAGCAGACAAAAACCUCACUAGCACGAUAGAUUCUGGUCAGGUCUAUACCAGCUCUGACGUAGAUUUCACUGUAAAGGUCGAGGCCAAGAAUCUGAAACCAUUCACCACGUACUACUACCAAUUCAAUGUCUGCAACUCGAACAACAAGAGCCCGAUAGGUCGGACAAAGACAACGCCAAAUGCCGAUGACGAUAUCACUGAGGUCGGUAUUGCAGUCUACAGCUGCGCGAACUACCCCUUCGGUUUCUUCAACGCAUAUGGUAAUGUUGCACGAAAGGACUCCGUUGACUACAUUGUGCACCUCGGAGACUACAUCUACGAGUACAAGAAUGGCGACUACGGUUGGGGAAAUAGCUUGGGACGCAUUCCUUUGCCUGAUCGUGAAAUCUUCACUUUGUACGACUAUCGCAAACGGCUGGCAACCUACCGUACCGACUUGGACCUUCUUGAGAGCCACCAGAAGUUUCCUUGGAUUUCUGUGUGGGAUGAUCAUGAAGUGGCAGACAACACGUACCGAGAUGGCAUGGCCGAGUUGAACAACACUGAAGAUUCGUUCAUCAAAGAUGGUGUGGGUGUGGCUGUAGACCAGCGCAAGAUGAACGCUGUUCGUGCUUACUUCGAGUGGAUGCCGAUUAGGCAAGUCGACAUGGACGACAACCUCCGUAUUUGGCGGUCAUUCUCUAUUGGCAAGCUUGUCGAUCUCACCAUGUUGGAUACACGCCAAUAUGAUAGAUCUAUUACAGAUCUGUACUGGAACACUGACUACGUCCACGAAAUCUCAAACGACGCUGGGCGCUCUCUCAUGGGUUCUCGUCAAGAGAACUGGUUCUACAGAAGUCUGUCAGAGUCGGCUAAGCGUGGUGCAACCUGGCGAGUCAUAGGUUCGCAAAUUGUGUUCUCACGCGUAAAUCAGUCAGCGGCCUAUGGCGACGCCAAUCCUGUGAACUACGAUGCUUGGGAUGGGUAUCAAGCGAACAGGAAUCGCACUUUGGACCACUUGUACAGCAACAACAUUAACAAUAACAUCUUCCUUUCCGGUGAUAGCCACGCCUCGUGGGUAAGUGAUCUUGUCUGGCUAGGUGAGAAGGAGUACGACAAGAGUACAGGAGAGGGCUCCAUUGGUGUCGAGUUCGCCGGCAGCGCUGUCACCUCUCCUUGCCCGUACGGCGCGAACAUCAGUCUUACCACCGCCAACAACUACUCCACAUGGCUGCAGAACGCGAACGAUGAGCUGCAAUGGCAGGAUCUGUACUACCGCGGCUACUUCGAACUGCACUUCACCCACGACAAGGUUGACGCGAACUUCUUUGGUCUGCCCACUGUCGUCCAGAGGAACGGAUGGGAGAUUCCCAUCGCUAACUUCACCGUCCUCGCCGGCGCCAACAAGCUGCAACGACCUGUUGCCGGGGGUGUUGUGGAGAGUGGCAGUCUGAAGUCUGGAAAAGUCGUACAGAACAACAUUACGCUUGACACAAAUAACGGCACAUGGUUUUUGAGCCAUGCUGAUCUGGAGGUGUUGUGAGGAAUGCUAGCGUCCCGCCCAGCCGGUUUGUAAAGAGGAAGAAGUUACUUUUGUGGACACCCAAGAACAGUAAUCGAAUGCAAAGUAUACACGCGCACUG